UCUUAUAAACUAUUUCCCUUUUCUCUAUUUUCUUUUCUUUCCUUUCCUUUUCUUCCUUCUUUCUUUAUUUCCUCUCAAAUUCCUCAGUUUCUUUCCCUAUCAAUUAUCCAUAUUUAAUAUGAAGGCUUUCGUUCAUCUUCUUCAUUAGAAAGGUCCACAAAUUAUUGUUGAGGACUUGAGGCAAAGGAAUGGCAACAAAGACAAGGGACAUUGCUCCUUUAGUAAAGGGCAAGAGGAGCCCCAACACAUCCAAGACAAAGUCUCUUGUCCACACAAAUGCCAUUAAUCUUAUUGCCUCAAAUAGGAACAAUACCUAUCUCAAGUCCAAAGUUUCUUCCUGUCAUGAUAAAACUCAAGCCAGCAAACCAGCUCCAUCAACUUAUCCCAACAUUCACCACAAACAAACUCUAAAUCAUAGAACAUUGAUCGAUAAGCCAACAUCUAGUCUUGAUAAUACUCAAGUCAAGAAAAAUCCACCCUUGCCGAAUGAUCUCAACAUUAUCCACAAUAAACCAAAUGUAGCUCGAGGAAGCUCGUUCGAUCAUAGGCCUUCUCAACCUUCUAGUCUUGACAAUACUCAAGGCAAGAAACUAGCAUCGUCAUCAUGUGUUCCUCCAAACAUUCACAAUAAACAAGCUCUAGCAGGAAGAAUAUUAUCAUUCGAUGAUAGGCCUCCCCCACCUUCUUUUCGUGAUAAUAGUCCUCAAGGCAAGAAGCUAGCCUCAUCAAUUAGUGAUUCCAACAUUCACAACAAACAAACUCUAGAUCGAAGAAGAUUAUCAUUUGAUCAUAGGCCUCCCCCACCUUCUUUUCGUGAUAAUAGUCCUCAAAGCAAGAAACUGGUCCCAAAAAGUGAUCCCCAUAUUCAUAAUAAACAAACUCUAACUCGAAGAAGAUUAUCGAUUGAUCAUAAGCCUCCCCUGUCUUCUCCCCUGCUAAAAAACAGAACGUCCCUUAAUGCUAGGGAGAAAAUUCUCAAACCAUCAUUGUCAUCUUCAAGUAAGAAUUCCACUUCCCAAAAACCCCUUUUGAAUAAAUUGUCCAAAUCACCUCAUCCUAGUUAUAAAGAUGUUGUUUUGAAACAACAUGGCACUGGCCUCUAUGCUAGGGCAAUGGGCAUAAACAACACUAUCACUAAGAAGCAAGAUAGUCUUAUUGGAUUAACAUCAAAAGAAUUUAUUGUAACAUCUAAUUUGGGAGAUAUAGUUGAGAAUAUUCAUCCUCAUGAGAAUGAAGAGUUAGAGCAAGAGGAACACCAAGAACUAGUCAUUGAAGAUCAUGAAGAGCUAAGUGAAAUUGUAAACAUUGAUGAAUACCUCAAGGCUGUUGAAUCAUCCUCAUUAUAUGUUGUGGAAAAUCAAGAAGUCAUCAAGAUGGAAGUACCAGAAGAACAUCUACUAGUUGAAGAAACAAGCAUCAUCAAAAACCAUAAAGAACUAGAUGAAAUCAAGAAUCUUGAGCCUAGUAAUCUUGAUCUUGAAAAGAUAGAAGAAAAACAAGAAAAUGAGAAUCAAGAAGAGAAAGAGGAAGGUGAAGAAAGUGAAAUGUUAUUAAAAGUAUUGGAUGAUUGUGAACAAGAGAAAGAGGAGGGAAAAGAAUUGGAUUUGAAUAUUGAUCAACAAGAGAAAGACGAAAAUGAAGGAAGAAACAACAAAGGGAAGGAAGAGAAAAAUAAUAAAACUAGCACUACUAUGGGAUUUGCAAAGGCUUAUCCUCAUUUGGUGAAGGGGAAUAAUAAUAAGAAGAAGGAAAGUGUAGUAUCUAAUGAUGUGAUUGAAGAGACAGCAAAUAAACUCAGAGAGCAAAGGAAGAACAGGGUGAAAGCAUUGGCUAGUGCCUUUGAAACUGUCAUCUCUUUGCAAGAUCCCAAGUGACUACUUGUAUGAAUUAUUCAUUUUUGUAUGCUUUUAGUUUUCUCAAAAAAGUCGCUAAUUGGUCUUAAAUUUUUGAAGUGGACAUUGUAACAACUUUUUCUUACAUUUGUUUUGGAGAAAUAUGAAAAAAGAAUUGCAUGUAUUACACAAAAAUGUGGGGCAAUUGUUAUUUUCUAAAUUAUAAUGUUUACCAUCAU